AUGGAAUCUCUCCAUAAAUCAUUUAUCUCAGGAUGUCAUAUCCUUCAUUAUCAUCGAAUCUUAGACGCAUACGGCCACCUUUCAGUCCGUCAUCCAACUAGAAACGAUGUAUUCUUGAUGUGUCGUAGCAUGGCACCGGCUACCGUCUCAUCCAGACUCGAUAUUAUUGAGUAUUAUAUUGAAGAUGCAUCACCCGUGGACCCUGGCAGCCCAUUGGGAUAUGUUGAACGCUUCAUUCACAGCGAGAUUUAUAAGAGAUAUUCCGAUGUUCAAAGUAUCAUACACAGCCACUCACCUGAUGUUGUUCCUUAUAGUAUAUCAGGCGUGCCUCUCCAGCCAUGUGUACACUUGGCUGGUUUUCUUGGGAAAAAAGUACCCAAUUUCGACAUACUCGACUUUUACGAAACUGGGGAUGUGCGCGAUCUGCUUAUCCGGAAUAGGCAACUCGGCAAGCAACUAGCAUCUUAUUUUUCCUCCAACUCGGGUGGUUUGACUGAAGCAGUAGUAUUAAUGCGAGGUCACGGGUUCACAGUCGUUGGAGGUAGUAUUGAGGAAUGCGUCUUUCGCGCCAUUUACACCUCAGAGAAUGCUCGAAUCCAAUCUUCAGCACUCGCACUCUCUACUGCUCAUCCGCUGGCGACCGAUAUAAAGUACAUACAUGAAACAGAGAUACCUGCUUCUACAGCAAUGACACAGUGGUCUUAUAUGAGGCCAUGGAAGCUCUGGGUUCAGGAAGUCGAGGCAACAAGCCUAUACACAAACCUCGCCUAG